AUCAGAUAGAAACCCCACGACUCACUACUGCCACAACUUGGCAGUCUAGUUUGUGUGUUAUCCUAGACAGUUGAGAAGACCUAGGAGCGUCCGUUGUCUGCGCUUUUACGGUUCUGUUAGAGUUGCCUCUUCGACCUGUCCUUUUAAAGCCCGUGCCAUGGCGAAGCUUUCGGUGGCUCUCUGCGUAAUUGCUGUUGCUUCCGCGCUGUUGGUGGGAUGCCACGCUCGGCCAUUUUCGGCUUCCAUUGUUGUGACUGAAGCGGUGUCCGUUGGACCAGCUGUGCGCGGCGUGCACAACUGUGGUGCUUCAGGCGCAGAUGGUGCUCUCGGAUCCUGGCACCGCCGGCUGACGUCAUCGACGCCGUUGAAACGUACGCGUGCUCGCAGCUCGACACCGAGAAGGAAGCCCAGUGCAACGCGAUGGUGGAGCAGUACGUGCCACUGGUCAUCGCUGAGAUGAACAAGGAUAUCACCUUCGACAACGUCUGCGUGCGCUUCCACGUCUGCCCGCCAAACCCUGUUCAAUCGCAGCCGUUGAUCUGACCCCAGCGCCCGCCAGGGACAGCCUUGCCUACACCAUUCAGGAGGCGCUGCUGGGGGAGGCUGUAUCUGACCCUGAGGACGUGGCAGGUGCAGUGACUGUGGUCGGCGGAGUGACUGCUGUGGAAGGGGCAGUGGAGGGUCAGAGUGGGCUGACAAACCGGGAGGACUGUGUGGCGUGCAUGCUUAUGGUGCGGGUGAUCAGGAAGAGGCUGUCUGACCCCAAGACACAGGCACACAUCAUGGACUUCAUUGUUGGAAGGUGCAACAAGCUGGCCAAUCAGAGCCUCACCGCUGAGUGCAUUAACGCAGCCGAGGACAUUCUGCCGGUUAUCUUUGAGGAGCUGCCCAAGGUGUUGGACCCCAGGAAGAUUUGCAAGAAGGCUGGCAUGUGUGCCUUGCCCCUGCUGGUCGAGGGUUCGGUGGAUUCUGGUGGUGGCGAGGAUUCCAAGCUUCCGCUGCUGCUUCAGCUGCCUUCAGAAAAGAACUAGUGGGGAAGGGGUGGCAAGUGGGGAAGGCAGUGUAGGUUGUCCGAGGAUGGCUGGCUGGAGAUGUAAAUCUGGUGCUUCACAUGGGUACUAGAACUGGAACCAAGCUGCAUCCAGGCUUGGUAUUGUACAUACAGUUUUUCUUUGAGUUCCUGUGUGAGAACUACACAUGGUUCGAAUCCAGCCCCCUAGAUUCAUUUGGAGGUACGCUGAUUGUAUCAGAAAUUCAAGUGAUGGUGAUAGAGGGAGAGUACACACAAUAUAGCUAAGUGUUGUAC